GCCAUCAUUUUUGACAUUUACCAAAAUAAAAGUGUGCGGCGCGUGGUACCGUAUCUAAUUUUUUCGUGUUUUCUUGUGUUUUUACCAAAAUGUGCACGACAGAACAGAAGCCGCUGUUCCGGGACCUCACAGCGGAGGACCCGGAGCCCGAGGUGACGGAGAUCGAGUCACUCUGCAUGAACUGCCACUCCAACGGCAAAACCAGACUGCUCCUGACCAGAAUCCCACAUUACAAGAAUGUGGUGCUCAUGUCGUUCUCCUGUGAAGAGUGUGGCUUUGAGAACAACGAGAUACAACCAGGUGGAGCAUAUGCAGACCUGGGAGUCCGAUGGAAGCUCCAGGUCCAGGAGAACAUAGACCUGAACCGGCAGGUGGUGAAGAGUGAUCACACCUCCAUCCGCAUCCCCGAGCUGGACUUCGAGAUUCCCGCACAGAGCCAGAAGGGAGAGGUAACAACAGUAGAGGGUAUAAUAGCGCGUGCGAUGGCGGGGCUGUCGCAGGAUCAGGAGACGAGGCGGCGCGAGCACCCCGAUGCGGCCGCACAGAUCGACGCCUUCCUGGAGCGGCUGCAGGCCCUCAAGACACUACAGACACCCUGGACGCUGCAACUCGAGGAUAUCAGUGGUAACUGCUUUGUCGAGAACCCGGUGGCGCCGCGCAAGGACCCGCGCUGCGACCGACACGACUUCAAGCGGAACAAGGAGGAAGACCACAAGCUCGGAAUAUUCACACAAGAAGAACUCAAUGAUGAAGCGAAGGCGGAGCCGGAGGUGGGGUCGUACGACUGCAUGGUGACGGACGAGGUGCUGCAGUUCCGCACCAACUGCCCCGACUGCAACGCCCCCGCUGACACCAACAUGAAGCUCACCAAGAUCCCGCACUUCAAGGAGGUUGUGAUAAUGGCGACGGUGUGCGACGCGUGCGGCCACCGCACCAACGAGGUCAAGUCCGGCAGCGGCGUCGAGCCGCGCGGCGUGCGCUACGAACUGCGCGUCGCCGGCCGCGCCGACUUCAGCCGCGACGUGCUCAAGUCCGACACCUGCGCGCUCUCCGUCCCCGAGCUGGACCUGGAGGUGGGCGGGCGCGCGCUGGGCGGGCGGUUCACGACGGCGGAGGGCCUGCUGCGCGGCUCGCUGGAGCAGCUGCGGGACUCGGCCGCGCUCACUGGCGACGCGCCCGCACUCGCCGACCCACAGGCGCUGACGGAGUUCACUAAGAAGAUAGAGGAGGUGCUGGAUGGCAAGCGCGCUGUGACGAUAGUGCUGGACGACCCCGCCGGAAACUCCUACGUGCAGGCGCUCACCGACGACCCCAAGGAUGACGACGGUCUGAAGGUGACGUGGUACGAGCGCAGCUACGAGCAGAACGACGAGCUCGGCCUCAACGACAUCAACGUCGACAACUACAGCUGACCGCACCCCGCUGACCGAGCGAGCGAGCGAGACGACACCACACCCCUCUCACUCGCACACUGAUGACCGCCGCCGCCCCCGCCCCGCCCGCAGACUGAGCGAGACAACACCACACCCGUCUCGCUCACACACUGACUACUGAGCUAUUUUCCGGCAAUAAGGCCGGCACACCACAGCUUUCCGCAUGCGAUUUCCGAAUUUGUUUUCCGUGUUCGGAAAUCCGAUUACGUGGAACCAGUGGAAAAUACAUUAUCUGCUGCACACGUUCGCUCGCUUCGCACGUACUUUUCAAGUGCAAGCCGGCGCGGUCCGAAUACGGAAAACGAAUUCGGAUAUCGAAUACAGAAAACGUGCGUAUGCGGCCAGCCUAAACAAUAAACCAUGCGCCAGUCUGGGUUGUUCCUAAUCGUUUGCCAUCGUGCCACCCUUGUCAUAAAUAAGAGGAACGAAAGAGAUGACAUGAUGCUUUUACGUUGGCAAAGCUGGGACUAUACGAGCUGUUAUCACGUUAAACGCCACGGGGGACACCAGUUGGCGUUUAACGUGUUAUUCUGGAGUUACGGGAAAAUUGGACAUACAAUAUUGGAGUUAAAACUCCAUGUUUAUACGAUAAGGUUGAAAAUUUAUUUGAAUAGAGGAUUCUAGUUUUAGCUCUAUUAUAAUCUAAGGACAGAGUUGUAAUUUCAAUGCUGUGUAUUUUGCUGCAACUAUGGAAUUUUGGCUCGUGUAUUCUUAGCGUAAUUAUGCCAAACUUCGGCCGCGUAUUUUCAGCCUAGUGUGCUAGACACUUAGGCUUAGUUUAACUCAGACUGGCGUAGUAGGACUUCAAAUUACUUUAACAAUGUUCGAUUAUUCCCAAAAUGCAUUUUAUAUAUGGUCGCUGUUAGGCAUUUCUGUAUUAACCCACAAUUUUUUUGUUGUU